UUAUCCUCGAAAUCGCUCGAAUGUCCGGUUCAAAUCAACUUGUCAGGUGACAGCGGGGUUGUGAAUGUUGUGUAGUGCUUUAGUUUUGCAAAUCAUGAAUGGAAUGUUUCCAUGUAACAUUACAUUUGCCUAACGGAGUAUUAAUUUAAUUUGCAAGAAAAGUACAGUAAAUGUAACACUGCGUUAGUAAUAUUUGUAGAAAGAUAAUAAUGGAAUUGGUUAAUUUCGAGGCAUUUAUAGGGAGCUCCGAAAAACUUACUGAAAAGCUCGACAAGUUCAUCAACGAGCAUGGCUCAAGAACAAACUUCAAUGAGCUGAAUGAUGAUCUCAGGAAAAGGAUUUGGUCUCAACUAUUCACUGUACUCAGCGAUGACGAAUAUGAUUCUUUACAUGCCAUGACUCUUGCAGCUCUGCGAAUACUCAGCCGAGACAAAACUAACAUUGAUGAAUUAGUGACAGAGGAAAGAUCAGGACUCUUGUUGAAAUUUGCUGAUCUAAUCAACGUCACUAAUAAUCAGCACAUACCUUCAAGCUCUGCACGCAUGGUCGAAGCGUUAAAACUCCUAUGUAAUUUGAUAUAUAAUAGUAAGCAGGUGAGGACCUUUAUCAUACAGACAUCUUGCCUCUCACAUGCUAUUCAACGAAUAAGUAAACACCGAAAUGAAUUAACACAUGAGGGAAUACUGUUCCACCUGAGGCUUCUUUUCCUUGUCACUGCUCUCUGUAUUAACACUAGAAAUAUUGUUAAGAACGAGCUCAAUGGUGAUGUUCAUCUUAUAGAGAUACUUGCCGAUAUCGCAAGAAAGUACAAGACUACAACUGAACCUAUUCUCAAGAAAGAAGACGUGUCUGUUGCCUGUGAAGUUUUGAAAGUCCUAUUCAACUUAUGCAUCGGAACAAUUGACGAGCAAACAGAGACCGAGAAGUAUAAAAAAUUAGUUUCCAUUCUACGUCAGCUACUGUUUCAUGAAACUGUUGCAAAUGAAAACGAAAUGAAAUCGCACGUCAUUAAUUUGUUAACAGCAGUACCGACAACGUCAUAUAGUUCAUUAAUUCCACCAGUCCAAAGUGAUAAUGGAGACCAAAUAGUGUAUCGCGAUAAGAACAUGACUGCCGUUUCUGUAAUGCUUGCUUUCUUGAAUCAGCGACUUGGUUCCGAGGCUGAUCUGACAGAAAAUAUCUCACCAGUUCUCACCGUUCUGAUACGACUUUCUAAAGCUGAGAGCUUAGCUCGCAAGUACAUCAGAUUACAGAUACUUCCACCGUUAAAAGAUGUGAUGAAACGUCCUGAAGAGGGGACAACAAUUAGAGCUAGAAUGUGCCAGCAACUGACUAGCCCGCAUACGGAUUUGCGAGACUUGGUCGCAGAGCUCAUUUUUGUACUUUGUAAAGAAAAUGUUGGACGCAUGGUGAAAUACACAGGAUAUGGUAAUGCAGCUGGGAUGUUUGCAAACAAGGGACUUCUGGGUGGUCGCCAAUCAAAAACGAAUUAUUCUUCUGAAUCUGAGGAUAGCGAGACAGAUGAAUACAUCAAAUAUAAGGAACGAAUUAAUCCAAUAACUGGCUGUUAUGAGAGUCCAAAGCCUAGUCCAAUGGAGGGAAUGAGCGAAGAACGAAAAGAAUAUGAGGCACUGCAACUUGCUCAACUCAUGGAUAAACUCACAAGGGAAGGAAUUGUGCAGCCCUGUCGUAUCGGAGAAGAUGGCAGGCCUAAGCCAAUAGAACAUGUCCUCGAGUUACAGUCCGAUCCGAACUAAUUCAAAGCUUCAAAGCUUUUAAUUAAUUCAAAGCUUUCUUCACCAUAGAAAAUAUUUAAAUUAUUUUUGAUAAGAUUGUGUAUUACCUAUGCACCAUGAAUCGGCUUUUGAUUUAUGAAUGUCUAUCAUUUCGCUUGUUCUUGGUGAACUAAUAAAUGUUACCCUGAAUCUCGAUAAUUUAUUAUGCACACAUCAUGAAUUGUUUUCAUUAUUGAGUAAAUAAAUGGCAGUAAAACUGGGAAUGCA